UUUGGAUUAUGAAAAAUCCUGUUUUGCAGUACAUUUACUGGCAAGAAGAGGUGGUGUUUUCCCCCAGCUAUGAAUUCCUCAUUUCACCUGCAUUUCUUGGACCUCGGCCUGAACUCCACUGAGGGCAACAUUUCAGGACUCAAUGUCAAGAACAAGUCGUCUCCCUGCGAGGACAUGGGCAUCGCGGUGGAGGUGUUCCUGACGCUGGGUCUCAUCAGCCUCUUGGAGAACAUCUUAGUCAUUGGCGCCAUCGUGAAGAACAAGAACUUGCACUCGCCCAUGUACUUCUUCGUGUGCAGCUUAGCGGUGGCCGACAUGCUGGUGAGCAUGUCCAACGCCUGGGAGACCAUCACCAUCUACCUGAUAAAUAACAAGCACCUGGUGAUGGCAGACGCCUUUGUGCGCCACAUUGACAAUGUGUUUGACUCCAUGAUCUGUAUUUCCGUGGUGGCCUCCAUGUGCAGUUUGCUGGCCAUCGCGGUGGACAGGUACGUCACCAUCUUCUACGCGCUGCGCUACCACCACAUCAUGACGGCCAAGCGCUCGGGGGCCAUCAUCGCGUGCAUCUGGGCCUGCUGCACGGGCUGCGGCAUCGUCUUCAUCCUUUACUACGAAUCCACGUACGUCAUCGUGUGCCUCAUCUCCAUGUUCUUCACCAUGCUGUUCCUCAUGGUGUCCCUGUACAUACACAUGUUCCUCCUGGCGCGGACCCACGUCAAGCGGAUCGCCGCCGCGCCCGGGUACAGCUCUGUGCGGCCGAGGACCAGCAUGAAGGGAGCCGUCACGCUCACCAUGCUGCUGGGGGUUUUCAUCGUGUGCUGGGCCCCCUUCUUCCUCCAUCUCAUCUUAAUGAUCUCGUGCCCGCAGAACAUCUAUUGCUCCUGCUUCAUGUCCCACUUCAACAUGUACCUGAUCCUCAUCAUGUGUAACUCCGUGAUCGACCCUCUGAUCUAUGCCUUCCGCAGCCAAGAAAUGCGGAAGACCUUUAAAGAGAUCAUUUGUUGCCAUGGCUUCAGAAUGAGCUGUAGGUUCCCUAGCAGGUAUUAAUCCCAACGCCACCCUCUCUCUGGCUCUCAAUUCU